CAAAGGCUCCUAUCUUGUGCAGAUGCGGUAUGUCUGGAAGGCUUUGGUGAGUCACUGUAGACCAGCGUGUGGAUGGACAUGCUGUGAUGGGCAGGCCUUCCCUCACUGCACUCGAAGCAGGUUUGAUUCAAGUUCUUCUGCUGCUGGACGUCUGACUUCCCAUUGAUGUUACCUUCAUGACAGGUGUCUCCCAAGACUCCAUCACCCCCCCUUCCGAUUCAUGAGCCAGCAGGAUGCUGCGGUCCUCGCGCUCUCAGAGCAGCUCAUCGUCGCCUCCUACAGGGGCCAGGCAGAGAAUGUUAUUCAGCUCAUCAACAGGGGCGCGCGAGUGGCUGUCACCAAGUAUGGCCGCAGCCCCCUGCACCUGGCCUCACACAAAGGUCACGCAGAGGUCGUGCGUCUUCUGCUGCAGGCCGGCUGUGACCCAGACAUAGAAGAUGACGGGGGACAGACAGCCUUGCACAGGGCUGCUGUGGUGGGGAACACAGUCAUCAUCAAAGCCCUCAUCCAGGACGGCUGCAGCCUGGACAGGCAGGACAAGGACGGUAACACCGCUUUGCACGAGGCCUCCUGGCAUGGAUUCAGUCAGUCUGUCAAGCUGCUGGUCCGAGGAGGAGCCAACGUCCACGCCAAAAACAGGGGGGGUAACACAGCUCUGCACCUGGUGUGUCAGAAUGGCCGCGCAAAGACCUUUAAAGCACUGCUUCUAGGGGGGGGCAGACCUGACAUCAAAAACAAUAUAGGCGAUAUGUGCUUGCACGUAGCUGUCCGCUACAACCAUGUGGCAGUGGUUAAGGAUCUCCUAGGUGCCUUCAUGUCUGUGGAUGAGCAGAAUCAGGUGGGGGAUACUGCUCUCCAUAUUGCAGCCUCAUUGAAUCACCGGAAGGUGGCCAGGCUCCUCCUACAGGCAGGGGCUGGAACUGCAGUCAAGAACACUGCAGGUCAGACCGCUUUGGACCAGGCCAGAGAGCACAACAGCCCAGAUGUGGCUGUGCUGUUGGUCAGAGUCACCCAGAUUCCAUCCCUAAGGAAACGGAAAGACAAGCAAAAAGUGGAGUGGCGUGCAAAGUCCGUUCUGUUUGCCAAAACGGAGACGAGAAAGCCUUUCCUAUUGGAUCCCAGCUCCAAAAUGAAGAACAGGCCAGAAAAAAAUGCACACAGGAUGCGCAAACUCACACCCCCCCCCUCCGCCCCCCCGCCUCCCCACAGUGUCAGGGCCUACCAGCUUUACACCCUUUACCGCAGUGAGGAUGGCCAGAUCAUGCAGGCUCCCAUGCAAGGCUGCUGCUGUGAGCCCCUCAUCAGUAAACUGGAGAACCAGUUGGAAGCCACCAAAGAACUGAUGAAGUCAGAGAUACACACCGUCCAGGAGCAGGUGAAUUCGAAGCUGAAGGAGAUAGACCACAGGAACCAAGUCCAGAUCAAAGUGUUGGACAAGAGGAACCAAAAGCAGGUAGCACUGGAGAGAACCGAAUGCCGUCGCUCGAUUGACCAGAGGAGUGCACUGGAGUUACUGGAGGGGGAGAGGAGACAGGCAGUCAUGGUAAAGGAGAUGAAGAGAUGGUGCCAGUUGAAGAUCCAGGAUGUCGAGGCAUGUCUCUCCAGAAACCAGCAUCUCCAGAGUGAACCUGCCUGUGGAGAGGUCACCCCAAGGGCGGAAGCUGGGUGUCCUGCUGUAUUGCCUGAUGUCCCUGGAGGUGCUCAAAUGGCAGCAUCUGCAAACGGUCAGGAACAGGAAACGGUCAUUUCCAUGCCAGAAAUUCCCAAAAUUGUCCGACCCAAAAAGCAGAGUAUCUGUCAGGGCCAGAAGGAUCUAGUUCUGUACGGACCUGGAGUCGGACACAGACGUGAUGGUCAAGUGUGCAGAGGACAAAACUCAAGGAGGAUCAGGGGCGACUUAGGCGGGCAGAACGGGGGAGAAGCAGAGGGCUGUGCCCCUGCCCUACACGAGGGCACGCACCGAGAGGAGGAGAUGCGAAGUUUCUUUAAGACUGUCUCGGCACAGAUGGAUUCCUGGUGCAAGAGGAAAGCUCAGGAGGCUCGCCGGAAGGUGAAAGAGAGGGCCCAACAGGACCGGGCCACCCUGCUGCAAAGGAUCAGCACCCUGGAAGAGGAGAUACAGCUGCUCAGGACCAGAGCUCGCAGCGGAACACUACUAACGUGACACCACAUGCUUCUGGUGACAUAAAUGCAAAAAUAAUUAACAAGACAUUAAUGUAAUGUGAGGAAUGUAAUAUGAACCAAAACAAAAAAAAAACUAAAAUAAUGGUGAUCAGAAGGUCGCCGGUUCAAAUCCUGGCGCUAGAAGACAGUUGUUGCUGUUGGGAUGCUGCAUUCUGUGGACCAGAAUGAAAAAUGAUAGGUUAAGAGAGCUAACCAAUCAGAUUGUACAGGAGGUGGAUCCAAGCAACUAGAGGAGGUGAAACAAACCAAUCACAUGUCUUGGUCCUGCCUCCUCCAAUUGCUUGUUUGACUGGUUAUCUCUCUGAAUCAAUCAUUUUUCUUUCUGCCCUCAGAACACUUUUGUGUAAGUAAAACUCCCACAAGCUGCUGGGCCCCUGAUAAAGGCCAGUCACCCCCAAUUGCUGUAGGGAUGCUGUACACGGGCUUGACCCUACACUGUGACCCCCCAAGCUUGCCCUCCCCUGCAAGUCACAUGGAAAGCGAGAUGGGGUGGGCGAAGAGAGAAUUCCACCCCAUCACCAGGAUAAAUAAUGUAUUACAAUAUUGAUGUCUGUAAAGCUGGACAUGCAAUAGUAGUAAAAGUAAUAAACUAUAUAGCCAUAAUAUUGUCAUUAUUUUCUCGCCGGGAAAGCAAAAAAAUAGGUCAAUAGUGUCAGCAUGAAUGCUUUGUUGUUAAGAUCAUUGUUAACUUGAUGAAAGAGUUUCAUUGUUUCCUGCAGGCUCUGUAUCAGCAUAAAAGUACUUACUGUCAUGAAGAAUCUUUCUUAUGCCGAUUUGUUUUACAGGAAACCUCUACCUUCAAAUGUAAAUGACCAUCCUGCUGCCUCAUAUCUCUGCCACAGGGAUGAUAAAAAGAUGAACAGACAAAUAGAAAGAUGGAAAGAUGAGUAGAAACACAGUGUGACCUUUCUCUAAGUUUUAGUCAUUGUCUUUACAUCAUCAUGCAUAUGCAGUCAGGAAUAGGAGUCCCGGAAGAAAUUUGGGGUCUCUCUUUUCUCAGUGCUAUCAGCAAACUGAACGAACAAUUGUAAUCGUUCUUUGAGGAUAGAUAUUGUUCAUGCUGUGACUCUUAUAAGCUGACUGACAACUGAGGCUGUGACCCAGAA